AUGUCCGAGAGCUCCGCUUGGGUGCCUGCGGCAUGCCUAUGUCCGAGAGCUCCGCUCAGGUGCCUACUGCCCCCAGAUAGCACACCGCCGAUGGGCAAACGUUGGCCCAACGUCUUUCACGACCGGUGGUUGAACCCCUCCCUUCGACCUUUUGCAGACGACCCAGGAGAUACUGUGCAUGUCGGCAGUGAUAGUGGAUAUCUACAGAAUGAUAAGAUCUACAAUCAAGCCUUCCGACCAGGAUUUGGGUGUCAAACCACCCUGUUGCGACUCGUUGAGGAUUCGCGUAGAGCCCUGUACAACCAUGAGUAUGUCGCUGCCUUACUGAUGGACUUCUCCCAGGCUUUUGACUGUAUUCCUCAUAACUUGUUGGUCGGGAAGCUGGAGGCCUAUGGCAUGAGCAAAGCCUCAAUUAACCUGGCGUCCAGCUACCUGAGCAGCAGGAAGCAGCAGCACGGUGACCAUCUAAUGGAGAAAUAUCAAAGUGACACGGCAUCUUUCACCUCUCUCAAGCUGACCGGAAGUCACUAUGACGUAGGACAGGAGCUGGGGAGGUGUAUGAGGAAACAAAUCCAAGACUAUUUAGCCGAGAAGGACGGUUAUAUCAAAAGUCUUAAACAACUAACAGAUUCCACCGAAGGGAGAAAAACUUACGAGGGAUUCCUCGACAUCGUUACUGCACACUUCCCACUCUACCGGAGGGAGUUAGAAGGAACAGCUGAUGGUGCUGGGGUAGAUUUUGAAAAGCUUUUCCUUCUCAACCUUGAGCCGGAGUUGACGGCCCUGUACGGAGACAACUCAGUCGUGGAGGUGGCGCCCCCUGGGGACGAAUGUCGACAUUACCCACAAUCCAAUGGUUGUACAGUCAUCUGUAUCAGAAACGCAGAUACCAACACCUUUGUGCUGGCACACAAUGAAGAUGGAUGCCCACAGAUGAAACAGGCCAGCGUCUGGCUCGAUUUGGACAUCACCGAUACGUUGGAUGGUAAAACAGUGAAAGAGAGAUUCCUGUCGUUCACCAAAGCCGGUUCCAUGCCAGGAAACAUGAUCAGUAUAAUGGGAACAGAUUUGAUGUAUACGGGCAACAGUGUAUACCAGAAGUGGGUAAACAGAUCGGGUAUACCUCGGCGGUUCGUCAUGCGGGCUAUUCUCUCGGCGAAAAGUUUCGACGACGCCAUGGAAAUAAUAAACAAGGCACCUGGAAUUGCGUCCGGUUAUAACAUUAACUUGGUCCAUACCGCCUCUGACAGCAGUGGCGAGACGUCUGGAGGUCUGGUGUGUUCUUGUAUAGAGAUAGCAGGACAACCGGACGGUACCCUGAAGUGUAUCACUCCAUGUACAGACUUCUUUACACACACAAACCUAUUUCACCACCUGACUGUGCCACAUUACCAAGAGGAAAGUUCUAUACAACGUCAAAUAGCUAUGGAGGCAUGGAGGAGGAGAACAAGUAGACGCAUAGAAAAGUCUGAUAUCCUCGAGAUUCUUUCAAAUCAGGACAACAAAGACUUCCCGGUGUUUAGAACAGGCGAGAAGCCGGACUACCUGUCCACGGCGUGUGUAGCUGUGUUUGAUUUGGAGGCCAUGACGUUGGAAUUAUUCACAGACAAACCUGAAAACACCGACCCCGUUCUAAACAUCAACAUCCGAGAUUUUCAUUAGUAUCCUACAAAAGAAGCUCCAAAACGAAUAUCUGUAUAUGUAAUGAUCGUGGCAAAGAUGUUAGCAAGAGCAAUUGAUAUUUUUUAAACUAAUCUUAAAUAAAGGUAAGAAUAUUAAUUUUAUAAGACACGUUGAAAAUGAAGCUUCAGAAACAAGGUCAGUUAUACAAAAUAAAACCAGCAGUUUAUAUAUUUUUCAUGAUGCCUGUUCCCUUGUUUUGGAGUCCCCAGAGUCCCGUUGUUUUUAUGUCCCAUAAGUCCCGUUGUUUUGGUGUCCCAUAAGCCCCGUUGUUUUGGUGUCCCAUAAUUCCCGAUGUUUUGGUGUCCCCCAAGUCCCGUUGUUUUGGUCUCCCAAAGUCCCGUUGUUUUGUAUUGACGUCAUGAAUUCCAAAUCAAACUGACGUUUCAGUAUGUUUGGUUUUAUUGUGCUUGGACGCUGUGGUAUAGCAUGUCCUCGCGUGCUUUGCAUUUUGUUUCUUGUGUAUAGACACUAUGAUACAAUUUGCUUUUUUUCUCCACGCUUGAACAUUGUGGUGUUUUAUGUCUAUUUGUGUGGACGUUGUGUUGUAUUUUGUCCAUUUAGGUCGAUGUCGUGGUGUAUUUUGUCCAUUUGUGUUUACG